AUGUCUCAAGAAUCCACAACCCCCGCCACGCUUAUUGGGGUGAUUAUUGGGGCAUUUGCCCUGGUGAUUGUUGCCAUCUUGUACGAGGGUCCGCUUGAAAUCCCACACGCCAACAUGCUAACCUGCGCCAGAAUAUUUCUAAUCCAAGUACGCCGGCGAGCAUCCCGCCCCGCUUCAGCCUCUACCGAAACAAAAGAGACGACGGAAAAGAGGGCCCACGGCGAAAUGCUUCAGCAGCUCGAAAGUCUAUGUCCUACCAAAUCCUGCGAAGAGUGGCUAGAAAACGCCCAAGUCGAACAAGAUCUGUCUGACCGCGAUUCAUCCGACAUCAUAUGUUCCAUGUGUUUGGACGACGUGAGGAAGUCCGAUAUGAUGCAUGUCUUGUCGUGUCGCCAUGUGUACCAUGCAGCCUGCCUGGAGCAGUGGUUUCUGGGCAAUCAUUUCCAAUGUCCGCUGUGUAACCGGGCGUUUUUCCAGCAGACUGAGGCGGGGCCAGAGAAUGUCUAG